CCAAAAUGGCUAUCGAAUGUCCCGUCUGUACGCUGUACCUUCGGUCGGGCAUGACCCUGGCUGAGCAUUUAGACACUCACCCUAAAGAAAAUGUGAUAAAGGCGUUAGUCAACAGAGUAAAGCACGACGCUUUAAGCUACUAUUCCGGUUCGUUGGAGGAGCUAGGCGGUGAUGAUGUCAUACCGGUGGAAGGCAAUCCGUCUACCAUCAGUACCGUCACCCAGAGCAAUGCCGCACUCACGAUCCGGACGAACGAAAGGCCAACCUCACUCGGUAUUUACGAUGGGCAACCAGUGUACAUGGACAAUGCGAUACUAGCUUCCACCAGCAAUACGGUACAGGCGUCCGUGAGCCAACCGCCCCAGUUUGCGGUGGUGAAAGCGAUUGAUGCGCACUGUAUUCCCAGCUUUCAAUUGAACAAUGUAACGCUUAUCAAGCGAGAAAUAGUACAGCCCGUCACGGGUGUGUCUGGGUUGUCAGCACUUACGGCAGUAGGAGCAGGAGCAGCAGCCGUCGCCGCCGCCGCAACGCACCCACCAGCACCACCAUCUGCUAGCAUUGGAGCAAUGCAAACCGAGCUGCCAGGGAUCGGCCCUAUAGCGGACGAUUACAUCGAGGCGGGUGGCGGUGAAGCAGGUGUGCCGCGUGCGAUAGGCACCGCUGUUGCCACUGCCACCGUUUAUCCCCGCUACACAAACGAGCUUUAUUCCGGUCCACCGCCACCAUACAGCCGGGCCAUAUCCUCUACGAUUGCUACAAAUACACAGAUAACGCCAACACAACCGCAACAGCCAACGGUGCAACUGAACGUGGCACCGAAACCCGCCAUUGGUGGUGUUGUCGGUCAACCGAUGCAGAUGCUGCCGAAACUUCAGUCGGAAACAUCAAGCUCCGCGUUUAAACAGUAUGCAACGGUUCAGACGGUGUCCGACCGCAACGUUGAGGAAACAGUUGCCGUAACAACAUCCAACACAACACUGUCCACCUCAACGCAGAAACCUGUGUACAGUGUACCGGUAGCUACUACGAUUGCUGCAAAGAUUGCGACAACAGCCGCCAUUACCACUACCUGCAGCAGCAUCAGCUCGUCUACUGCUUCAGCCGAGCAACAAUCAACCAUCGUUCCGGUAUCAAUCGUGACGACAACUACAACCACCUCGUCCAAGAACUCUGUAACGACCCCAUCGAAGGCAAACGUUGUGAAAGUGAUAAGCAACGUAAAGGUGCAAAGUAAACUUAAGGACAUUCAGGAAAUUAUACUCCAGCUGAAUGCCGGCCAGAUGUCGAUCGUCGGCGACAAGACGACGCUGAUACCACCCACAACCGAAAGACGGCCAUCGACGUUUUCCACUAACGGUGGAUCAAACCGUUCGCUACUAGCGAUAACGCCGACCAAAACUGAACCUCCCGCGGAACAGCAAGAGUCGGUCAAUAUGGCCGCCUCCAGUAACAUGGAAAACGAACCGCAGGAGGACGAUAUGGAAGAGAUAGAGACGUGUGACUACGAUCAUGAGAUGGAAUAUAGUGACGGUUGGCAGGACGAUGAUAACUAUACAAGCGAAGAGGUGCCGGAACAAUGGGAGGAAGCUCCACAACAGGAGGAAAAGCAUUUCGCUACCGAUGCUGAAGAACAGAAUGAUUUACUACCGAUUGCGCCUGUGACCGCCGAGAAAACAGCAUCAACGUUUGUCGGCAAUACCAAUGCGAACAGUACUGGCACCAGUGGUAGCGCAAUGGUUACUAGCGUUAUCCGGAAGACACCGCAACCAGUACCGUGCGCUCCCUCGCCCAUUGAGCAAGAACCUAAAUCACAAAUUAAACGUUUAGUAUUUCGGGUGGCAGGUGCCUGUACGCCGACCACCGUGACGAUUUCUCCUGCCGGGGCCUCAUCAUCUUCACCAAAAAUUGUGCGCGCUUGGCAAGGCAUUAAGCUGGAAUGCACCCCCGAAAGUUCGACGAACACCGACAACAGUACAGCGCCAUCUGUACCGGCGGCAGCGGACGAGACGAGAAAAUCGGGUGUGUCAGCUGCUACCGUUAGUCGAGAUUAUGCAGCGAGGCAGAAGCAACGCUUUCGCCCACCUAAAAAGCUUGCGAUCAAGCCAAAACGGUCCGUUGCAGAGGGAGGUCACUGUUCUUCUGCUGCUGCUUCACGCUCACCUAUGGUGGAUGGUGGUCAUGUUGCGCAGGACAAUGAUCAGCUGGCAGUAGGUUCAUCUGCUUCAACGACAGAGGCCACCGCGCUUACCACGUUGGCGGAAGUAGUGUGUACGAACGCAGCGCAACAGCUACAACAAGCGAACACGGUACCAUUUUCUUCCACCACGUUCGACGGCAUAACGGCCGUAAUUCAAAAGACUGACAUUAACUGUGGAAAUGCACAACCAUACCUGCGCACAGAGCGGGAUAUGAUGAGCCAGCAGCCAUUGCUGACGACUCCUAUCAAGCAGGAAUUUACACGCACGGCAAACAUCGUUCCACCGGCUGAUGUUGCGGCGAAACCGUUAAACAAUCCGAACAUGAUGCUUGGAAGCCGUACAUCGUACACGUUCGUUACACCCAGCACAGAUGCUGCGGGUGCUGCGCCGAAUGCCGCCGGUCGAAAGGUGUUGCGACCGUCGGAAGAGAUCGAUGUCGGGGCUUACAAUAUUUCAUACGUAAGCGAAACGGGCGAAACGAUCUACCAUCCACUGCCUAGAAAAGCGAGCGGUACGUCCGAGUUUGGCAAUCGGCAAAAAAUGUCCUCGGCCGAGCAAAAAGUGUCGUCCGCGUCGUUGAGAAAUUCGGAGUGUGCAAUCUCUCCACAUGCCGAUAACCACCGGGAGACGGAAGAGAAGCAGCAAAUGAAGCUUAAAGAAGAGGAGGAGAAACAUGCCUCCGAAUUGCAGGGAGAUGAGGUUGAGGGUGACCAUGCUGACCAUGAUGAGGUGCAAGAGUUGGAUGAGGAUGAUAUGAUGGAGACAGAAGGCGAUGUAAAGGAAGCAUGCAACGACGAGACUGGAGUGGGUGAGCAAGAGAAACAGUUUGACACCGAGGAUGAAGAUUAUGAGGAUGUAUUUGAAGUGGAACCACCACUGCGGCAACAGCAAAAUUCGCCAAGUCAACAAUCUCAGUUUGUUGCGGAACAACCUUCCCGUCGACGUUUGCUAAUGGUGCUGACCAGGAUGAACCGAGAGCCAUCGGACGCAAUGGAACCGGUUGAGGCCGACAUGGAUGUAAAAGAAGUCGUGGAGCCUGCACUCAGUGCCACCAAUGGAACAAAUUCCGCCGAACAACGAGAAUCACAGAUGCAGCACAGCACCGAAGCGCGAUCAAACUUACCGGCAAGCUUGGUAAUGAAACGUUUCAAUUCGGGAAUUAUCACGACCGAUGAUGAGAAGGAUAUGCUUGAAGCUGGACCUUCCACGCGCAAUAUUGUGCACGUUGGCGUACCACGGCCUAAGUUUCGUGUGACGAAUGCCGUAUCGUACGAGGCUCCCGGUCGUUGCAGUUCGGCCAGCCGAAAACCAGAAAACGACAAGCGUAAAAAGUCGGCAUCGAUGAAAAGAAAGGGUGGAAAAGAUUUUCUCGAAGCGGGCACGUCGUCCUCCUCAUCAUCGUUUAUGUCGUCGUCAUCAUCAUCAUCGGCAUUGCCGUCAUCGUCACAUCGUUUUGCUAACGGUACGCUGUAUACGACGGAGCAUGCGGAGGAUGGUGGUGGAUGUUUGAGGCAUUGCUUCAACAAUCCUGCCAGCACUGUCCCUGCCGCCGUGGACGAGCACGCGCACGUGUCGUCAUUGCAGGAACCGAUCGUUGGGCUGAAAGCGGCAAAAACCGAACCGCUGUACGUCGAUGAGCAGGAUGAGCAGGAUACCACAAUCUCCUCGUUUCUUGACCUUAGCACGGUGCCGAAAACUAGCCUUGAUGGUAUGAGCACUAACGACACUGCCAGCAACACCAGCAGCAGCAACAGUAACCACAGUGCGGGCCUUGGCAAAGACAGUGGAGAAGGCAGUGGCACAAGCCACGGCGGUACACGCUCCCUACUACCCUCGGGAUCAUCGCAUGCGUCCACCAGCAUGGAGCGAGCGCCAUCUACCGAGAGUCUUAACAUACGCACCGACGAGAAGAUGCCAGCGAAGGGCGAAAUCUCCGAACAAGAAAGCAACGGCGAUAUGGACGUAACGUCGUGGAACCAUCGGAUGUAUGCGGUCGGCGAGAAUGUGCCUAUCUAUCCGAGUUCGUACGAUUUAUCGACUGCACAGGAGUGUUGGAAUUUGAGCAGUCGUAAUCAGGGUAUCUUUGCUGUAACGGAUCAUUUCUAUCAUCAGCAGCAACAGCAACAACAGCAGCAGCAACAGCACGUUGGCAUUAAUAAUCCACACGGAACAACUGUCAGCAACCAAUAUGUGACUUCGCGCGUUGCCUUCCAAUUUUCGUCCACAUCCCACCAACACGUCCAGCAGCAUGGAACAGACCAGCUACCGUUCGGUGGCGGUAUGAUAGCGGGCAAGGUAGAACCGCCGCAAGAUGACGAAGACAGUGACGAGAUAGACGAGGCAGCGGAGGCACGCCGGAUAAAGAACUCAAUCGCAAAAAUGCCGUUCGCCGACAUGAUGGUGGCACGCAUACACGAACCACCCGGUGCGUACGAUGAAGUGAGCAGCACCCAUCACCACCAGCAGCAAGCGUGCGAAAUCAAGUACGACGACCCCGUCGGUACGACAUCUUACUUCGGUGUAAGUGGCGCUUGCUCCACGCUGUCGCUAAUAGCGGCGGAUGAAUCCGGUCUGUCCAAUCGACCCAAACCGUCUGGCAGCGGCAGUGUAACACGCACCUUUCGCUGUACGCUCUGCCCGAAAGUGUUCGACACGAUUAAGCAAAGGCGGUUACAUCAGCAACGGGAGCAUGGGAAUGAGUUGCUGUCGCUUCCGUCAGCCCAUCAGGAACAGCUGCAGCUGGGAGAAGAGCAUGGUGAGAUGAGCCAGCAGCAGCAGGCAUACAAAAAGCAACCGAUACCGGUUGUAAUGAACUACGAUUGGAUGCGGCAGGAAAUUCAGCGCAAAAGCGUGGCUAUGCUAAAGAGUAACAGGAUAUCGAUGGCUGGCAGUAGCAACACUGGCGGCGGUUCCGGCAGCGCAAUACCCGGGCCGAGCCGCAGUCAGGAUAUACAGCAACAAGAGCAGCAACAGCAACUGGUGGUAGCCCAGGUCGAGGUGGGUGAUGGGAUGUUACCAGCAUGUGCGAUAGCGGCUCGUUACCGUUCGUACGUAUGCAGCACCUGCAACCAGAAGUUCGAUCGGUUUAAUCUGUUCAACGAACAUUUGCUCGAGCAUCCGGUGGAGUGUUCUGCUUGCGGGCGGCACUUUAAGCAGUGGCGUAACUUCUCCCUACACAUCAAGCGCCAUCUUGGCAUCAAGGAGCAUCAGUGUCGUAGCUGUGGCAAACAGUUUGUCAUCAAGCAGAAACUGAUCGAGCAUAUGCGGGUGCACACUGGACAUGCGCCGAUCAAGUGCAAGCUGUGCAACCGUACAUUUAAACGCUUUUCCAACCUGGCACAGCACCGCAAACGAUAUCAUCUGAACCGGACGGUUACGAAGGAAGACUACGUAUGUCCGCUAUGCGGUGAGGUGUUUCACACCCAGGCCAAAAUGGAAUGGCACAAGGAAACACACGAAAAGAAGCCCAAACCGUGCCCAUACUGCCGGGAAAAGUUUAUUCAUCGCAAUAGCUUGACGCGCCACAUACGCCUGUCGCACACGGACAAGUACGCGAAGCUGGAGAACAAAACCGAACCGUGCAGCAUUUGUCAGCAGCCGUACACCAAAACCAGCAUGCGCCGGCACAUGGAAACGCACACGAAGGAGCGGAUGGCGUACUCGUGUGGCAUUUGCAACAAGCGCUUUACCACAAACUGGAACCUGAAGCAGCACAAAUGGACGCAUGCCAAUCCGACCAUGAAACCGUUCCAGUGCACGUACUGUCCGAGUGCGUUCGUGCGUGAAUCGGACUUUGUGACGCACGUGAAUGCGCACCGUUCGAUACGGCCGUACACGUGCAAUCACUGUGGCAGUCAGUUCAUCCGGAAGUACAACUGGAUUCGGCACACGCGCGAGCACGAGAUCGACAAGGGUCAUCGGUGUGACGUGUGUGGCCGGCAGUUCCAUCGGAAGUACUAUCUGACCGAGCACAAGCGUAUCCACACUGGGGAGCGACCAUUCGCGUGUAACAUCUGCGGUAAAACGUCCGCUACCAAGACGAACCACAACAAGCACGUGCGAAUUCACCAUGCGCGUGAUCCACUCACGGCGGAAGGUUAA